AGCCUACGCUACUUUUUUCCUAACACAUGAAUCUCCAAGCUCUAACUACCUUAUUCAAAGUAAAAGUAUGCAACCUUAGCGAUCGUACACAGUUAUGACCGUCCCUUCGCCCAGAACGCCUCUGAAACCUACCUCGACUCAAUGCCUCCCCCGCUACCCCCCUCCUCCACCCUGCACACGAUCCUCCUAGUCACCAAAUCGCGCUCCCUCGGGCCCCGCCUGGUCUUCCACUACCCGCCAGCCUCUCCCUCCGCCGCGUCCCUAGCCGCGAACACCCCAGCUGCCUGGUACGGCACCGCGACCUCGACAAGCGACGAUACCGAUAGCAGCUCCAGCGAUUGGGACAGCAGCACCGAAGAUGGCGCUGGUGACGACGAGGAAGCCGGAAGCCGUGCUAGUGGGAGUGGGCGCGCUGGUGGGUCGCGGAGCGUACACAGCCAUCGCACGCGGUUGACAGCCGGCGGCUUCAGGACGUUGGAGGGCUUCGACGAGGAUGACGACGGGCUGGGAGAUGAUAUGAACGGGGAUAGCUCGAGGAAAGGCAAUGGGCUGGGCAGGGAGGGUAAAGACGGGGGUAAGGCGGAAUGGGAGACUGUACUGGGGUUCAAGAUGGAUGCGCUGGAGAAAAUGCUGACCCCGGGCAAGUCGUUCAAUAAGAGGCGGUUUGAACUAGGUGUGGAGGGGAUCGUGUUCGUGGGCGCGCCUAUGUUUGUGAGGGAUGAUGGAGGGUGGAAGAAGGGGAGGCGGUAUGGGAAUAAGGAGAUGCGCGCGAGAAUGGGCCCGGAUGCGGUUAAUGAAGCUAACAAUUCGAAGGGUUUUGACCAGGACGAGGGCGUGGGUCUCGACGAGCCGGAUUCUGAGAAAUUCAUAUACCCGGAAGGCUUCGAGCCGGGGUACGGGCAUGGCUUAAUGUCUGGAGCUGCAUCUGGGGCAGUGUCCGAGGCGGGUUCGGAUACUAGAAGUCAAUCGACGAACGGUUCAACGCCUGAUAUGACUAUGUUCAAUAUAGUCUUUGUGCUUAAUCCUCCUGCGUUGGAGUACCAACUACGAGUGAAGGAGAUGUACGACAACGUAGGCAGGAAGUACGCGAAGGCCCUCAAAUAUGAGCAAGCAAAGUUUGACUACGUCUGGAAAGAAUCAAAAAAGAUAAUGGCUAUGAAAACUGGGGCCAUAGAGAACGGAGAACCAAUGUCAUUGGCAUGGCAUAAGAUUAUAUCCAGUUCUCCUCUUGCGAAGUCUAUUGCUACUAUAUACGAUUCGAUUUCCAACGACAAGAUAGCUCAUGUUCACCUUGACGCUACAUUUGACACAUCGUUCCAGAUACCUCAAGCUGUGUCCACUCCCUAUAUCCCCUCCGCUAUGGAACCACAAAUGCCUGGCCUAUGGCUGACGACCGCAAAUAUUGUCAAUGAUGAUGAGCCCGAACUCAACUUUACUCAACAUUAUGCGCUUCUGCUUCUCGAAGACACUGAAACUCUUGUGAAGGAGCUUGAAAGAGAUGCGAAAGACAACGCCAUAGCUUUCUACAUUCGUAGCGUCACUCCUACAAAGUCUCUCCAUAAGCUGUCCAUAGCUCAUUCGAUCCCGUCGCAGGAUAUUCAAUACAUCGCGGGUCAUCUUGUGUAUUGGCGCAGAGCACGCCUCAUUCCUCCCCUCCAUCAAAGAGACACCUACAUCGUUUCGCCUAAUGCCGAUAUGCGAGCCUUGAAACAGGCCGUCUCAGCAUAUGCCGCACGGUUUCCAACUCUUCCGUCUUUACCAGAAAUGUUGCAUAGACUUUCAGGCCCUCCUAGGCCAUAUGCCAACUAUAUCCCGAGUCCAGAUCACCGACAAGUGUACAUGGAGAUACUAGCAUGGCUAAUGCGAGGUGGCUGGGUCACACAACUGAGAACGUUCGCGUGGGUAAGAGUGCCGGUAGAGAUCAAAGCCCAAGUAGCUGCAACCAUGGAGCGCGAAGCAUCCCUGAAGAAAGCAGCAGAGAUGGAAGCUGCUCGACAUGGCGAAGACAACGACCCGAUCGCCUCAGUAGGCGACUCUAUCUUGUCUAGUGGCGAAAGUGGACAUAUGAAAAAGAGCUCGCUGCUCAGUGGGAAUUGGCCAGCAACGCCAGUUCGUCGUUCGCCUCACAAUGAAGACACAGAGGCUAUGGAAGCAUCGACUAUUAUCUCUCCACGGCUCCAGCCUUACCGGUCUCCAGCGCGGCCCUCGUCUGAUGCUGGAAGUACGAGUAGCUACGCGACUACGGUUCCAGCAACUUCAAGUGCAGCUGUUGCCACCUCACCGCAGUCGCAAAAUCUUCCACAUCGCCCCUCACCGCUCCACUCCAACACAGCAAUACGUGCGUUCUCGCCUUCACGCUCACGGCCCUCAGCACCCCCUAGUAUCGUCUCACCAACUACGGGCGGCCCCUUUUCGCCGUCGCAAGAGACAACCGUCGAGGCAGCAUCCUCGAAGUUCGAACCCAGUCUGAUUCUCUCGCCUCAAAAAGCAAAUGAGAUUGAAGCACGGUGGCUAGAACAGAUAUGCGCUUCCUUUCGCAACGCGGAUCUUCGAGAGAUGUGGCCGACAUUGCUCAAGUAUUUCGAUGGGAAGCACGCGCUGGAUGAUGUUGCGUUGCGCGAGGGCUUGAAACGGAAGAGGAUCGCGGCACUUGUUGGUAUGAUUAGGGAAGGAGGAUGGCUGUUGACGGUGAGGCAUUGGUGAGUGACCUUUUUGACGCCAUCUGCAUCUAAUUGGAACUCCAUGAAAAGUUUUUUCUUCGUGUAUCGAUGUUUAGUAGGAUACCCAGGAUGCUUGGCAGCAGCCGAGACGUUUCAGCAGAGACGUUUAACAUUUGUUUCACGCUACUCCCAAGCACUUGAGGUGCCCAGAAGAUGAUUCUCCAAUGCAAUCUACGCGGAAUAAAACCAUUCUCAAUAUCGAGCUGCUUUGCGAUGCUGAUUGGCAAUCGAAAUUGAAGUUAUGAACGAUGCCAUUGUCUAGCUUCGCUGCCCUCGCCCC